UCACUUAGUAAAAUCCAAUCAACCGCACCAUGAAGCUUCAAAAUGUCGAGAGGACCGCCCAAGAGCAGGGCCAGCUACACCAGAAACUAUGGGAGAUGACACAAACGUGGAAACCCGAUGGUGUAUUGCCCAGUGCCACUGACUUGUCCCGGGCUCGAGCAUCUCUGCCGGAGUCCCUGACGGAAGAGGGUGCGGGAUUCGACAAUACCACGCAACAUAUCCUGAACGACCUCGUUCCAGCCUUCAAUCGCAGCAGUCUUAGCCCCAACUACUACGGGUUUGUCACUGGCGGCAUUACUCCAGCCGCGCAAUUCGCAGACAACCUUGUCUCUGCCUACGACCAAAACGUCCAAGUCCAUCUGACAGAGCAUUCCAUCUCGACAGACGUCGAGCACAAUGCUCUGGGUCUCCUCGCGGACCUUCUCCGGCUGGACCGGCGCCAAUGGCACAACGGUACCUUCACCACCGGAGGGACUGCCGGUAAUAUUCAUGGGUUGGCCUGCGGGCGGGAGUUUGCCCUACGGGCUGCGGCGAAGAAAAAGGGAAUCGCCGUUGAAAGCGUUGGUGAGUAUGGCCUGUUCGAACUCAUCCAGGCGACGGGUCUCUCCGGAGUACAAGUGCUCACGACAAUGCCCCAUUCGUCGUUGACGAAGGCGGCCGGCAUACUUGGGAUCGGUCGUGCCAAUGUCAAGAGUGUUUGCCGGGAUGACCACUACCUCCACUUUGAUUUGGAGAAGCUUGAAGCAGAACUGGCACGAUCCGACAAGGCGAGCAUCGUUGCGGUUUCCUGUGGAGAGGUCAACACGGGACACUUCGCCACGUCCACACUGUCGGAGAUGGAAAGUCUGCGCAAGCUUUGCGACAAGUACGGGGCCUGGAUCCAUGUCGACGGCGCAUUCGGAAUAUUUGGUCGCGUUCUGGAAGGUCCCGAGUUUGCGACCAUCUCCAAGGGAUGCGAGGGAAUGGAGCUGGCGGAUUCCAUCGCGGGCGAUGGACACAAGCUCUUGAACGUGCCGUAUGACUGCGGCUUUUUCUUCUGUCGCCAUGCCGGCGAAGCCGAAAAUGUCUUCCAGAACGCGAACGCGGCUUACUUGACGGGGGGUCAAUCCGAUGGCCCUGCGAUCCCGUCGCCACUGAACAUCGGGAUGGAAAACUCGAGACGGUUCAGGGCGUUGCCCGCCUACGCCUCCCUUGUGGCGUAUGGCCGGUCUGGAUAUCGGGAAAUGCUGCAGAGGCAGAUUCGGCUCGCUAGAAUGCUCACCGGAUGGCUUUUCGAUCAUCCCAAGUACAAUGUGCUGCCCGAACUGGGUAGCAAGGAGGCCUUGCUGGACCAGACGUACAUCAGCGUGCUUUUUAGCGCGAAAGACGAGGAGUUGAAUGCCAACCUUCCAAAGCGGAUCAACGCGACUUCGAAGAUGUUCCUGUCAGGCAGCGCCUGGCAAGGAAGACCGGCCUGUCGGAUUGCGAUCUCGAACUGGAGAGUCGAGGAGAAGAGGGAUUUUGCGGUCGUGACAGCAGUCUUGGACAGUGUUUCUGGGGGUAGAUCGUAG